AAAAAAACACAAGAUAACAGAACUGCCAAAGCUCCAUUUUCAUCCCCACACACAGCAGAAGAAGACUGAAGAAAUGUGGAGGAGAUUGAGCUAAACUCCCCCAAAUUCGAAAAUGAUCGUAACCCUAAACCCUAAGAUUCUCCACUUCUCCAAACUCAAUCCCCAAUGUCCUCUCUCUCGUCCCUCUCCCCGCUUCUACAGAACUCGCACCAUCUCCCUAACCACCAAUUGCAAGCUUCAGAAUCCUCAAGAUGGGAACAAGACCGGAAGCAUCACCAAAACCAUCUCCCUCUCCGAUUCCGCCCCGCCGGUUACUGAAGAGAGUUCCGAGAAAGGAGGUGGUAACGGCGGAGGAGGAGGAGGAGGAGGGUUUCUGAAGAAGCUACCGAGAAAGGUGUUGUCAGUACUAUCUAAUCUCCCUCUUGCUAUCACAGAGAUGUCCACCAUUGCUGCUCUCAUGGCUCUCGGCACUGUGAUUGAGCAAGGCGAAACGCCUGAGUUCUAUUUCGAAAAGUAUCCAGAGGAUAGUCCUGUGUUGGGGUUCUUCACUUGGAGAUGGAUCUUCGCUCUUGGGUUGGAUCAUAUGUACUCUGCUCCUAUUUUCCUUGGGAUGCUGGCUCUCUUGGCAGCUUCACUUAUGGCUUGUACUUAUACCACUCAGAUUCCUCUUGUUAAGGUUGCAAGAAGAUGGAGUUUUAUGAAGUCUGAUGACGCUAUCAAGAAGCAGGAUUUUGCAGAGUCUCUUCCAAGAGCUUCUAUUCAAGACUUGGGUGUGAUCUUGAUGGGUGAUGGUUAUGAGGUGUUUAUGAAGGGUCCGUCAUUGUAUGCUUUCAAGGGUUUGGCUGGUAGGUUUGCGCCUAUUGGAGUACAUAUAGCAAUGAUUCUGAUCAUGGUUGGUGGAACACUUAGUGCCACCGGGAGCUUUAGAGGCUCCGUCACUGUUCCUCAAGGGCUUAAUUUUGUCAUGGGAGAUGUCUUGGGUCCUAUUGGGUUUCUCUCUGUUCCAACAGAUUCUUUUAAUACCGAAGUUCAUGUUAACAGAUUCACCAUGGACUAUUACGAUAGUGGAGAGGUAUCACAGUUUCAUUCUGAUCUUUCACUACGUGACCUUAAUGGGAAAGAGGUUGUGAGAAAGACGAUUAGUGUCAAUGAUCCGUUGAGAUACGGUGGGGUCACUAUAUACCAGACAGAUUGGAGUUUCUCGGCUUUGCAGGUGAGUAAAGAUGGUGAAGGACCAUUCAACUUGGCUAUGGCACCUAUUAAGAUCAAUGGAGACAAGAAGUUAUAUGGGACCUUCUUACCAGUUGGUGAUACUAAUGCUCCCAAUGUCAAAGGAAUAUCGAUGCUUGCUAGGGAUCUACAAUCGAUUGUUGUGUAUGAUUUGGAAGGAAAAUUCGCAGGAAUAAGGAGACCAAACUCCAAGCUUCCCAUUGAGAUCGAUGGUAUGAAGAUUGUGAUUGAGGAUGCAAUAGGAAGCACUGGUCUUGAGUUAAAGACUGACCCAGGAGUACCAGUGGUGUAUGCUGGUUUUGGUGCUCUAAUGCUCACAACCUGUAUCAGUUACUUAUCCCAUUCACAGAUAUGGGCACUACAAAACGGAACAACAUUGAUGGUGGGGGGAAGAACCAACAGAGCCAAGAACGAGUUCCCUGAUGACAUGAAUCGUUUGCUGGAUCAAGUUCCCGAGCUAAUCAAGACUUCAGUUGAUUAGUCUCUAGACAGACCAGUAAAGCUGUACAGAAAGGUAUAUAAUUUUCAAGGAACACACUUGAGACUUGAGAGAGCAUUCUACACAUGUUGCUGCUGAUUAUAUGGGAAGAGAGAGAGAAGCUAUUUAAACUUGAAACUUCAGAAUUGAUUUGCUUGUAAAUUUUGUUUUGAAGGUUACUGAUUCUACACAGUAAAGUUAGAAUAUAUAGGGUGGAUACUAUUUUGUUAUUUCGUUUGUGGGUAAGGUUGUUUGUUCGUCAAAUUAUAUGAUCUCUCUAACUGCAUAAUAACACAGUUUCUGAAACCUAAUGAUCAACUUCAUUGUCAAGAUCAAAUGCAUGAUCAGUUGAUCUUGCUUGUAAAGAGAAGUCAAUAUCUUCUCUCAUGGAUCCAUCAUUGGUUGCUGCACCAACACAAACAAUCAGACCUUUCUACAUCCGGUCUUUAGAAUUAGAUCAUCAACAACAGAGAUUGCAACUAAAUUUCAUAGACAUGAGCAAAUCACAACAAGAAGUGGUAUCAUCCAUCCUCAGGAACAUCAAGUUACAUUCCAUUUGCCAGAAAUGCCUCCUGAAUCUGAAGCUUUGAACAAUCUGUUGAAAAGCAAUGCUUACAUGAAAAUCUAGCCAUAAUAUACAUCUCAAACGCAAGAACUGACAAAAACUGUUCAAGUCUUAAGAAUUCAAUAGCCAGAGGGAGAAGACAGUGACAUAAAAGGUAGAGAUGAAUUGGUUCUCCAUCACUGUUAUUUAUCGCAACCUCAGUGCUAUAUCAUCAAUUAACAUAUCAAAAUGUUUUCAGGAUUUUCAAAUCCCCCAGAGGCAAACUUCACAAACUCUGAACUCUGAAGGUUAUUACAGGUUUUGUUUCCGUUUGGAAGAUAAAGUAAGAGUUGAGAGAGGAUGAAUGAAUAAAUAAGUCGGAGAUUAAUUCAGACUGUGCAACUGAAGAUGCGAGCAGAACGCUGUCGUAUAGAAACUAAAAUGUUUUUUAGCUAGUAAAGUCCCACAUCGGGGAAAACAAACGUUUGCUUGUUGUAUAUAUGUGUUUAGCUCACUUACAAUGUACGUCGAGCCUGGUAACGCGGGCUUGUAAUCCAAGUGGGGACAAUAAGGCGAUGGGACGUUGGGCCGAUCUCUUUGGGCCUGACUCGGAAAGACUAUCUACUGGCCUGCCCGUUCCAAGUCGGGAGUCGAGUGUUCGGACUCGAGCGAAGGCUUGUGGUUCGGACACUCUUAGAGCGGAGGAGACUGCGUGAGGCUGGUUUCACAGAGCAGCGUCCACCUCCCGUUUUCGACGGUGGAAGGAUUACGGGCCGGUGCCUCCCGAGCCCACUAUGACCCAAUAAGCCGGCUCCAAUUGGACCAUCACUUUUU